CUUCCGGGUCGCAGCAGGGACCCAGCGCUCCCCGGUGCACGGCGGCCCCGGAAGCGGCGCGGGAGGUGGCCCGGCCCGCGGCGGAGCCUGUAAGUGCGGGGCAGGCCCGGUACCGUCGGGGACAGGGCUCUGCGCUGCGACACCCGGUGACGGCGGCCCGUGGCGCCGCGCGGUCCUCGGCGUGGCCGGGAGCGGGGCGCGGGAGCCCGGGGCGCGGUCUGAAAGGAAGCCGGUACACGUGUCCAUGGAGCAAGAUGGAGAAAAGAUAGUAUGGUGAGGUGGUGGACUCGGGGGCAGAAUGGCUUUCCUGGACAACCCGACCAUUAUACUCGCUCACAUUCGGCAGUCGCACGUGACCAGUGAUGACACAGGGAUGUGCGAAAUGGUCCUAAUAGAUCAUGAUGUUGACCUGGAGAAGUUCAAUCCCUCAUCAGCGUAUGGGGACAGUGGUUCUGAAACCCAGGGGAGCAAUGGUGAGACUCAGGGCUAUGUAUAUUCCCAAUCAGUCGAUAUUACCUCAAGCUGGGACUUUGGAAUCAGAAGACGAUCAAACACAGCUCAGAGACUUGAACGUCUGCGGAAAGAGAGGCAAAAUCAAAUAAAAUGCAAAAAUGUUCAGUGGAAAGACAGAAACACUUCCUGCUCAGCAGAGGAGCUGAGCUCACUAUUUGAAAAAAAGAAUUUCAGAGUAAAAUCUCCAUGUUCUGGGAAGCAGUCCAUCCUGUCUGUGCGACUGGAACAGUGUCCGCUGCAGCUGAACAACCCCUUCAAUGAGUACUCAAAGUUUGAUGGCAAGGGUCACGUUGGUACAACGGCAACCAAAAAAAUCGAUGUCUACCUCCCGCUGCACACAAGCCAAGACAAACUCCAGCCCAUGACAGUUGUGACGAUAGCAAAUGCCAAGGUGCAUGACCUGAUUGGACUAAUAUGCUGGCAAUAUACAAGUGAGGGACGGGAACCAAAACUGAACGACAAUGUCAAUGCCUACUGUCUCCAUAUCGCUGAGGAUGACGGGGAGGUCGACACAGAUUUUCCACCCCUGGAUUCCAACGAGCCCAUUCACAAGUUUGGCUUCAGCACCCUGGCGCUGGUCGAGAAGUACUCGUCCCCCGGCCUGGCAGCCAAACAGUCUCUCUUUGUUCGCAUAAAUGCUGCUCAUGGAUUCUCCCUUAUUCAGGUGGACAGUAUGAAGGUCACCAUGAAGGAUAUCUUACAAAAGGCCUUAAAGAGAAGGAAGGGAUCACAGAGAGGCUCAGGUCCUCAGUAUCGGCUGGAGAAGCAGAGUGAACCUAAUGUCCCAGUAGAUUUAGACUGUACCUUGGAGAGCCAGAGCACUUUGGAAUUCUGCCUUGUCCGGGAGAACAGUUCAAGAGGAGAAGAGGUCUCGGAGGAGGACCCGCAGAUCGAUAUAGCCACAGUUCAGGACAUGCUCAGUAGCCACCAUUACAAGUCCUUCAAAGUCAGCAUGAUCCAUCGGCUUCGAUUCACCACUGAUGUUCAGUUAGGUAUUUCUGGAGACAAGGUGGAGAUAGACCCUGUUACUAAUCAGAAGGCCAGCACUAAGUUUUGGAUUAAGCAGAAACCCAUUUCAAUCGAUUCUGAACUCCUCUGUGCCUGUGACCUUGCGGAAGAAAAAAGCCCAAGUCAUGCAAUAUUUAAACUUACAUAUCUAAGCAAUCACGACUACAAACACCUUUACUUUGAAUCCGAUGCUGCUACUGUCAAUGAAAUUGUACUGAAGGUUAACUAUAUUCUAGAGUCACGAGCAAGCACAGCCAGAGCAGAUUAUUUUGCUCAGAAACAAAGAAAACUGAGCAGGAGAACAAGCUUUAGCUUCCAGAAGGAGAAGAAAUCGGGACAGCAGUAGCGCCUAGCUUCAAGGAGAGCCUGUCUGCCGAAUUCGGAGGAGGAGAUGCUCCCCACCACCCGAGACUGGUGGGAGCCAGGACUGCAGGGCUCCUGCUGCCAACGGGCGGGAGCGGCAGGGGACGAAAUCUGAAUUAUCCCGUCUCUCACGGGUGGAAGAUUCUCCCUCUUUGGCGAUGGGAAGUCUCCCCUGUGACAAAAAUAAAGAGCCAUAUCAGCCGGAAAGAAGACUGUUACGCUUCAGGUUCCUUUGAUUAGAAAUAAGAGAAUGACGUAGACUGGCAUUUAAUUACUCUAUUAUGUACAAUCACAAGGAGAGAUGCGAUUACAUAUUAUUUCACAGCCUGGUUAAAAUAAAUUAUAUACAUCUGUAACACACCCACGUACACGCAGGUAUUGCUUGUGACAUGAUCAAAUUUCUAAAAACAAAAUGUAGGACAAAUGUAUCCAUUUUUACUAUUAAUAAACAGAUGUAAUCUUUUUCAAGGUCCAUAUGAUGCACAGUUCUUCUGGGGGGAGGCUGUAGUCCCAGAUGGUUCCACUUCUGUUGCUGAAGUGCAGGAGGCAACCGGGAGCCAGGGAACAGCAGCCGUGGCAGAGGAGCCGCGCUGCGGGGAAACGUUGAGGCAGUUGAGUCUGUAGCGGUUUGUUUUGUUCAAAAAUAGUUCUAUUUAACUGUGCUUUUCAGCUUUGCAUACAUUUUGUUGGAAAUUAUUUGCUGUAGUCAGCACGGUGUUUUGAAAACUAAGGCAGCGUCUCCGUGGUGGAAUGGAGACCAUCCUCCUGCCCGCGGGAUCCACAGCUGCUGCGGGCCCGGGUCUGCUCUUCCUCUUUGAGACAGCUCAGACCUCUGAGGACUUACCUUUUCUUAAUAUUUAUCUCUAAAAAUAAAAAUUAAGAACUACUUUGUACAGAGAUUUGUAGCUGGAUUGGCCUUGUCCAUCCUUAGUGCCUCAGUGAACACAGAAGUGGGAUUCCUGGGAACCAGAGCUGCAUCUUUGAUUCAGUUCGCCAGAGGUGUUUCAGAAACCUCUCCGAGUUGUUGAAGCCAGAGUGCUCUGCGCUGCUGCUGGGGAUUCUGUGACAAGAAAACGCCUCGGCUCAAGAGACGUUUGACCCUCCCGGCUGCGGAGCAGGCUCCGUGCUGUGGGUGUAGGGCAGGGCAGGGCCCCGCUGCCACCGCCUGCCGCAGCGAGGUGCCCUGCUGUGCUUCCAUAGAGAGAAAACCUUCUGAGCCUUAACACAGAGUAUAGGGAGAAGCAUUAAGGCAGAGAGGUCUGUGUGGCGCUUACCUGCUGUGUUUAAGUUCUACUUUUAAAGGUUUCGCCCUCCUGGAGCUGGUGCUGCCGUGGGAUGGGGGCUCUGCCCACACCGCGGGGGCCUCUCUUCACUGUACAGUCUUCCAUCAUACUUGCAGAACAGGAGGAGCAAUGUUUUAUAGUAGGAUAUUAUUUUUUUUAAUAUAUGCACAAAUGCAGCAAAGAUGCAAUGGGGAAAGGCCCUUCAGGUAAUGCGAUGUAAAUGACCCCUUUAA